CAAUGAAAGUGCAGACAGAAAGAUCCCCUCCUCAGUUUUAUAAUCAGCAGUAUCAAAGGCCACAGUAUCCGCCACCACAGUAUCCGCCACCACAGUAUCCGCCACUUCGGAUUCAGCCAGAGUUUAACCAACAGCGACCUUACCUUACUCCAGAAGAAAGAAGGGAAAAUUGGGAGAAAUUCAAUGCAUUAAUUGGUAAGACUUAUCCCUUUAAGAAGGAGACUUUAAAGAAGAUAUUGAAAAAUCUUCUUAAAAAGCCAGACUUCAAGUUGCCUGCACCUAGAAGGCCAGAAGAAGUGGGUAAGUCAGAUCACCCUAAUUAUUGCCCUUACCAUCAGAUGUUGGGCCAUCAGCUUGAAGAAUGUGUCACUUUUAAAGAAUGGCUCGACAGAAACAUGAAAUUAGGAGCUGUAGUGAUUCCCAAGGAAUACUUAGUGGAUCCAGGGCAGGGAUCAGCUAAGUGUGUGACUGGUGAGCCUAUCGUUCCUACUUCCUUUUCAGAUUCUGAUUCAACUUGGGAUAUAGCUUUAUCCCGUUCUUCAAAGAAAUAUCUAAACAAACUUUACUUUUCUUCUCUUCAGGAGUCUUUGGGAGCUCAGAAGCCUCUCCAGGUUGAUCUGAUAGUUCCAGAAGAUGAUGUAGAGAUAACUCCAUCUUCAGAGCUUAAGGAAGCCCGAGUCAGCCAGGGUCCUAUAGUUCAGGAGAAGGAGGGCACUAGAAAUCGUUUUGUUGCUUUUAAUAGUGUUGAUUGUCAUGUAUCUAGAAGAGUUGUGUUUUCUUCGGAUGGGGAGAUUAUUAUCCUCAAUCCUCUUAUCUUAGAUGACUUUUGUUUUGUUAAGUGUGAUGAUGAUGAAUCAAUGAAAAAGGAUUCUGCUUAUAUCUUGUCUAUUUCUGAUAAUGAUGUUACGGAUGACUUAAAAAUUACACCUGAAAAUGAUUCUCUGCAUGAUCAAUUUAAUUUUGAAGAAUUAAAACAUUCUCUUGGUUAUUAUUCAGAUAGUGAUGUCCCUGCUCUUGAUUUGCAGGGUAUGCCUAUCUGUAUUGAAGCCGAGAUGUCUGAUUCUGAAGAUUUAACAGAAAUAAAAUCAGAAUUAGCUGAGGUCGAAGAAGAUAACCUGCCUGUCGCUUCUUCUGAAGAGAUAGUGGAAAUCAAGCUUCGUAGUGGCAAAGUGUUACCACCUCAUACUUCUUCUGAAGAUAAAGGGAAACAAGUUGUUGACGAACCAAAAUCUUCUCUUCCACCUCAACCCGUUCCUUUUCAGAGUCCAAUUGAGAGUGGAAUGCCCAAGGUCGAUUACAAUGUCCUAGCUCAUCUCAGGAAGCUACCUGCCAAACUGAGCAUUUACGACGCCUUGAUCCUUUCCAAAGAAAUGAGGGAAGCGUUAAUCAAAGCAUUGUUAGAUCCAGAUAUUUGCAUGGCUCAGUUAGCAGCUGCACAGCCUGAUGAAGCUCUUUGUUCCAGAGGAGUUCCUGAAAUUUCCUUUUCUGAUGAAGAUCUGUGUUUAGGAACGGCUGAUCACAACCGUCCACUAUACAUAACAGUGAACAUAGAUAACUUCAGAUUGUCACGUAUCCUUGUAGAUCCUGGUGCAUCAGUUAACAUUAUGACUCUAAGAACUCUUGCCUAUUUGAAAAUAGACGUCCGUAAGCUCAGCUCAGAUAAGAUGAUCUUACGGGGUUUUAACGAAAAUGGCGAGAGGGCUUUGGGUUCAGUUACUUUGUUGUUGGAGAUAGAAGAUUUUAAAACUGAAGCUAAGUUUCAUAUUAUAGACGCUCCAACAUCCUUCAAUGCUCUCUUAGGUAGACCCUGGCUUCACGAAUAUAGGAUGGUUCCUUCAUCCCUACAUCAGUGCAUCAAGUACAUCCGAGAUGGUAUUGAGCACUGUAUUAAGGGAGAUUUACAACCAUUCUCAAUUCAUGAAGUAGGAAUUUAUGAAGAUGCUGCUUAUUAUUUGCCUAAAAAGCAAACAGUUGUUUCCAAAGAUCUCAAAUUGGAUAAAAGUGAAAUUGCACUUGAAAACAAAAAUGAAAAGGAAAAAGAAGGAAAAAUAGAUGAAGUAUAUCCCUGCCUCGAAGAUAGCAUUCGUUGGCAUCCUGCUCCUCUCUCACAAAGAGGUGGUAGGAUGACCCAACGAGGGCGAGGUAGAGGCAGAGGAUGGCAAAAUCAUGAAAGUGCAAUGUAUGAAAGUAUACAAAAGCAAAACCCUACGAUACACAUCGAGUUAGAAUCUGGUUCAGAUGAUGAAUCAUGUGUACUGAAGGGUGAAAAUGGUAACAAAAGGCCAAAAUUUGAGAUCUCUUUGGAAAAUGACAGUGAUGAAGAUAAAAUUCAGGCAAAUAUAGAGGAUGAUUCAGAUUUGUCUACCUAUGAAAGACUUAAAGGAUAUGUGAAAACUUUAGCUCUAACCCCACUAUCUCAAGAUAGUAUAGCCGGGUUGGCAGUUAAAGUUUCACCUGCUUUGAGCGAUGAUUGUAAAACUGCUAAGUUUAUUCCUUCUUCUAGCAAAAAUGAUGAAACUGAUGUACACAUUGAUGAUCCUUUUAUGAAUGAAAUAGUGGAACUCCCUUUUGAUUGGUAUCCUUAUUGUGUUAAAAAUUUAAUUGAGCAAGGUCUUGCCCCAUCUACUUGGACUAAACGUCAAGCUCAGUCCUUUGAAAGUCUUUGGAAUACGAAAUUUCAUAAACCAAAGUCAAAAGCAGGACUAGGCUUUAAUACUGUUUGUCCAUUUGAUGAUGAUGAUUAUUGCUUAGUAAUUACUAACAAUGUAGGAUCUGAUCAUCUUUUUAUAAAGGACAUUGAAAAUCUUAAUGAAUUUUGUUUAGAAGCGUUAGAUGAUUCGGAUGACUUUCAAGUUAAGGAAGCACCUCCUGAACUUGAGGAGGAAAUCCAGUCAACUAUUGAUGAACUAAAAGAAGUUAACCUUGGUAAUGAAGAAAAUCCACGUCCGACGUUCAUAAGUGCCUUAUUGAACGAGGAUGAGUCAAAUAACUUAGUCAAGUUACUUUCAGAGUUUAAGGAUUGCUUCGCUUGGAGUUAUGAUGAAAUGCCCGGAUUAUCUCCAGAAAUAGCAGUUCACAAACUUGAAAUUCAACCUGACAUAAUUCCUGUCAAGCAAGCCCCACGACGCAUGCGCUUAGAAAUUGAACAACAAGUGAUAACUGAAGUUAAGAAACUAAUCGAUGCAGGCUUUAUUCGAGAGGAGAAAUAUCCCUCUUGGUUGGCUAGUGUCGUCCCAGUAAAAAAGAAAAGUGGUCAAAUUCGCGUAUGCAUUGAUUAUAGGGAUCUGAAUAAGGCAUGUCCAAAAGAUGAGUUCCCGUUAUCCAUACCAGAACUCAUGGUAGACAUAGCCUCUGAGCAUGCAAUUUUCUCUUUUAUGGACGGUUCAUCUGGAUAUAACCAAAUCAAGAUGGCUCCUGAAGAUGAAAAAUUUACUGCAUUCAGAACACCUAUAGGGGUUUUCUGUUACAAAGUCAUGCCCUUUGGGCUUAAAAAUGCUGGUGCAACUUACCAGCGAGCUAUGACCUAAAUCUUCGAUGAUUUAAUCCACCAAUAAGUGGAAUGUUACAUCGAUGAUUUGGUUUUCAAAAGUCGUCGAAGGGAAGACCACCUUCAUGAUCUGAGAGUCAUUUUUGAAAGGUUGCGCCGCUACGACCUAAAGAUGAACCUUUUGAAAUGUGCUUUCGGAGUUACUUCAGGGAAAUUCUUAGGGUUCGUAGUGAGACACCGAGGUAUAGAAAUUGAUCCUUCCAAAAUAAAAGCCAUCUUAGAUAUGCCACCUCCUAAAAGUCUAACCCAAUUAAGAUCUCUUCAAGGUAGGUUGGCAUAUCUACGGAGAUUCAUUUCUAACUUGUCUGGUAGGUGUCAACCAUUUGCUGCUUUAUGUAAGAAAGAUGCCCGAUUUCUUUGGGAUGAAAAGUGUCAAAAUGCCUUUGAAAGCAUAAAACAAUAUUUAUUAACACCUCCAGUCCUAGCAGCUCCUAUUUCGGGAAAACCCUUAAUACUUUACACCGCAGCUUUGGACAGUAUUCAUAUUGUAUGA